UCCGUACCAUCCCCAGCUUCCGGUGCAGCCCGUGCCCAAGAAGACGUUCGUCUGUCAGUAUUGUGAAAAAGUGUACACCACCAUGGGGGCGCUGAAGAUGCACGUCAGGACUCACACGUUGCCGUGCAAGUGCGAGAUUUGUGGCAAGGCUUUUUCGAGGCCUUGGCUGCUGCAAGGACACAUCAGGACUCACACGGGGGAGAAGCCGUUUUCUUGUGUGCAUUGCAACAGAGCUUUUGCGGACAGAUCCAAUUUGAGGGCGCAUCUGCAAACCCACACCGAUUACAAGAAGUACGCUUGUGGAGGCUGCACCAAAAGCUUUUCCAGGAUGUCUUUGUUGACUAAGCACAUGGAAAAAGAUUGUCUAUUGGAUUAUAUUUUUACCAUGCCUGUGUCGGAUAUCAUGAAGAACUACGCCAACUGCCCACUCAAGAAACGUCCGGUGUUCUUCUACGAUGAUGCAUCAGAUGAACCACAAAACCUUAGCACCAAACCUGAGGACUUAAGCAAAACAGGCCGUCUUUCACCGGCUUCCAUCCCAGACUCAACACCUGAAUCGCCACGUUCUCUCGAAACAUCAUCGCCAGCCAGAUCCACACCUUCCCCAGUACAUUAUUACCAAGCACCACUGAGACCUGAAGUCUACCCAGCAUCAAUUUCUCCGGAAUAUUCGCCACAAACGUGGCACAGAAGUGUAGCCCCAGUUUACCCACACGGAUACCACUUCUUGAGUUAUCCAUACGGCCAUGAGUACAUGCAACCACAGUACGUAACACCAACCUCGCCAAUCAGACCACAACCUCUUCAACCUUUGGCCCUGAGGCCCAACAUCUACACACCAAUCGACCAACAUUCCCUGAGCCCAUCUUCGACCAUUUCACCGCCACCCCAAGAAAACAAACAACCAUCCAGACACGAGUGCGCCGACUGCGGAAAAGUCUACUCCACCUACUCCGGCCUAACCAAACACCGCCAGUUCCACUGCGCCGCCGGCGACGGACCGAAGAAAACCUUCAGCUGCAAGUACUGCGAGAAAACCUACACCUCGAUGGGAGCGUUGAAAAUGCACAUCAGAACCCACACGUUACCGUGCAAGUGCACCAUCUGCGGAAAAGCCUUCUCCAGACCGUGGCUGUUGCAAGGACACAUUCGCACGCACACCGGAGAGAAACCCUUCUCUUGCAACUUCUGCAACAGAGCUUUCGCCGAUAGGUCGAACUUGAGGGCUCACCUGCAGACCCACUCCGAAGUGAAGAAGUACUCUUGUACCGCUUGUAACAAGAGCUUUUCAAGGGUCUCGCUUUUGACCAAGCACACCGAAAGUGGAUGCACCGGAAGCAACAUGGUUUAGAUUAGUUCUUGAACAUUUGUUAUUGAAAUUUUAUUUAUUUGAGGUCCAAUCAAAAUUACAUUCCGAAAACUGUUUUGUAUAUAGUGCCUUUCGAAAGACUGAUGUACAAAGUAUUGUAUAUAGUUAGAUAAGAAAUUAAGUUAUUGUAAAAUUAUUAUUUAUUUUAGUCAUAUCUAGUCAUGUUGAUACUUACGUCCAGCUUAAAAGCUGGUUGUGCCUUAGUCAUAUAUUUUAUACUUUUUUAAUAAAAAAGUUUUACCCCUUA